AUGAACAGUCGCCCAGGUCUGCCCACGCAUCCCUCGCUGCCUCGAGCACCCCAUUUGGCGCAUAGCCAUCCACAGGCGGCCUCGAAUGCUUAUAGCCCCUACCAAAACGCCUCUCCCGCGUUCCCUCAGCUUGGACCUGGUGCCUCGUACCAAUACUACGCUUCUACGCACUACGCGCAGGCAUACACACAAAACGCGGCUCCUGCAGCUGGGCAGCAGCCGCAAUACUACACGCCCACACCUGGAGCAGGGCCCAGCAGCGCACCACAAUUCACUAGCCAACCAUCCUCUCGGUGGGCCCAGCCAGGGACAGUUCGAUGCAAAAAGCCAGGGUGCUUGUUCACUGCCUCGCACAAAUCGGUAGAAAUACACAUGAUGGACCGGCAUCUCAUAUAUCCACCUGGCUGGGAGAACAGGAAAGGGAAGAAUGACUGGGACGCAGAUCCUAGCUUGAAAGGAAAACCCAUUAUGAUACAAGGUACAAUAAUCAAACUUGACACUCCCGAGACUAUCGAGCAGUGGAUUGCCGAGCGCAAGAGGCGGUUCCCCACGGCAGACCGAGUGGAAGAAAAGCGGAAGAAAAUAGAGGAAGCGGUUGCUCGAGGCCAGCUGUCGUUCGAAGAGGCUCGUUUUCCGAACAAGAGACGACGUAUAAAUGACUAUGCACAACAUCGUCAAAACCAUGACACGCGUGGAAGAGGGCGAGGAAGAGGACGAGGGCACGGACGGGGCCAGUUUACCGGCAAGCGUGGUUCUGCUACCUCAGUGAAUGCCCGCCCGCACGUCUCGAAAAGCCAAGCUACUUCUGCUGCGCCAACAGAGGCCCUAGCUCAACCAAAUGGGGAAGAGGCUCGAAUAGACUGCGACGUGAAUUCAGGACUGGGGUCUGACUCGGACAGUGCACCUGCGGAAUUAUCAUCAAAAGCAACACACGUCGAAGAGGAAGUCCCGAAAUCCGCUAUUCAGCCAGAUAGGAUACCAGUCAAGAAGCUAGCACCGAAACAGCCUCGACGGCCACCGCAGAACCCGUUCGUUCAGAGGCCAGCAUUACUUCGCAACCUCCUGCUCCCUGAGAUUCGAAUGACGGUCUCAAAUUUUUCACAAGCAAUACGAUUUCUGGUCGAUAACGAGUUUUUGGAGAAUGUUGAGCUUCGCCCCGGUCAAGCACAAGAGAGGAUGAUCGAAGUCAUCUCCACGAACAGUACCCUGCCUGCCAACUUAGAGCAAGAGCCGUCCCGGCCUACAGAAUCUAGUACAGGAGCUACGACUCUCUGA